AUGGGAAUAACAUCAACACAAGUCCAACUAACAAUAAAUAAAUUAAAACAAAUUAACCAAUCCCAAAAAGAAUUUCUUGAGGUAUCUUCUCAGAUAAUAGAAGAAAUUGAACAUAUUAUUUCUGAAAUGGUACAAUCAUACGAAAAGAAAGUAAAAUUCUUAGAAGAUGAAAAUAAAGAAAUUAAACAACAACUUGAUAAUGAACGAAAUAAUCAUAAAAAGUUAUUAGAAUCUCAACCUAUUUCUCUUGAAAAAAAUAAUCAAGAAAAUGAUAUGAGUAAACAAAUAAUAAAUAACCAAAAUGAUUUUAAAAUACCAAUUAUUAAGAAGAAACAAAUAAAACCCCAACCAAGAAGACAAACAAAGAUUAAAAUUAUGACAACAAAUGAAAAAGCAAAAAGAGAACGUGCAAAAAUGAAAAUAUUAUCUGAUUCACAAAAACAAAAAUCUAUACCGAUUAAACAAGAAAAAAUAAAAAAUGAUAUUAAAAUAAUUCCAACAACAGAAUUUAAAGAAUUAAUUCAAUCAAAUAAUAUAGAUAUUGAAAAAGAAAUUCCUAUUAUUGAUAAUGUUUUAAAACCUUGUUCAGAAAAAUUAUCAAUUUUAGAUUCUAUGAAUAAUCUUAAAUUAAUGAUUAAUCAAAUGAAAUUAGAAAUGAAAGAUGAAUUUGAAGAAGGAAAUAAUGAUGAAAAUUUUGAUUCAUUUUAA